AUGCACAAGGUUUUCUUGGCUCUGGCACUGGGGGUGCUGCUCUUUGAGAUGAGGCUGGAGAGUGAGGCUAGGACACCCCCAUAUGGUGUGAAACUGUGUGGCAGAGAGUUCAUCCGGGCAGUCAUCUUCACCUGUGGAGGAUCCCGCUGGAGACGGGCAGGAGACCUUAGUGCCCUCCCUGGAGGAGAUUCCGCAGAAACCUUCAUAGCACCUUCAUCCUCCAAUGAAUGGGACCCUGUCCAUAGCCCGCCAAAGGAGCCAUCUGACUAUUAUGGAGGUUGGCGGGGUCAGAGCCGCAGUUCCCCAGAAGAAAUCUGGGCUUUGGAUCGUGGAUCUCGAGAUGUUAUGGCUGGACUGAGCAAUGCCUGCUGUAAGUGGGGCUGCAGCAAGAGUGAAAUCAGCUCCCUGUGCUAA